AGUUUACGUCUGGCUGCAACUCGACGUGGUUGCCAUCGAGUUCUUGCGCUAUUGUGGCGCGCGCGCACCUUAAAUUGCCCCUCAGGUGUGUUGUUGUGCUAUUACUACUCAAAAGCAAAGAAGAAAAGGUGAUCUUGCGGUGGGAAAGUGUGUCUGAUUCUCUCUUAUGUGGGAACGUUAUUGUUGAGUGCAAAUUUUGUUACAUUUUUCGUGAGUGCGACAGUGAGACACAUUUUCUUGUGCAAAGGUGAAUAAAUCAAUCCUUUUGCUGCAUUCCAGUGCACCCACGGGGGUAUAUUUAAAUUGAGAGAAAAACGUGAAAAAUAAUAAAGAAAAUUCAGUGGAAUUCACAACAAAGUGCAGACAAGAGAGUUAUGCACUAAUUGUGCUACAAAUGUGCAAUUUACAUGGAUUAUCGGUGAGCAGGAAGCAAAGUGCAAGCAGUCAGCAAGUGCAAUCGAUCAUUUGAGGGGUGCAGCGACCGCGCAAAAAAAGAUCGAAAAGAGCCAUGGAGGAGCCAAUUCCGGGGAAUGUGCGAAUCGACAUGGAUGUUGAGCCAAAAGACAUGCUGACGGCCAAGAUGACCGUUGAGACGGUUGUGCCGCACCCAACGGAUCCAUCGCCCAUCUUCAAUGACCAGAGCCACCCGAAUCCCAUGGAGGAAAGUACAAAUCAGACAAAUGGACGCCGCAGCAGCCUGGCGCAUUCCUCGCAGGCAUCAAUAAUCUCCAAUGAUAAAUCCAGUCAUCUCUACUCUGCCCCAGAUCUCCUCAGUCCAGUGGAGAAGAAGGAAGCCAUCCAGGCGGAAGAGAAGCACCAGGAGAAGGAUCAAACGGCCGAGGGGCAUCUCAGGAAGAUGGCUGAAUCCCUCAUGGCUGCCACAAAAGACCCCGUUCAGAGGAGAUUCUCCGCUGGGGUCAUUCUCGGGAUCACCCAGCUUAUCCUCAGUGUAGCCAUGUCGGCUCUUGCGGGGCUCCUCAUCGCCCGCGAAGCUUCCCUCUCCUCUUGUGGCUCUGGACUCUGGGCAGCAGCCAUUGGGGCCAUUGCUGGUGCCUUCGGAGUCCUGGGACAACGUGCUCGAACAGGCUUCCUGGCAGGCAGCCUCAUCUGUGUGGCUUCCAGCACUCUAGCAAUGGCCUUUACGGGAAUAGGAGUGGUCAGGGAUUCACAGCAAAAGGACAUGUCAGGCGCCGUUAGUGCUGGAUCGGGUCUGCUGUUCGCUUUGGCCCUUCAUUUCCUCGUGAGUGCCGCCUCCGUGUACUAUUCGGCCCUCAAGCUCUGCCUCAGGUGA